GUUAGCGGCGCGGACGGGCCACGUGGUGGCACUGCUGCAGACUGCGCCAGCGGGACGGGAGCCGAUCUUAACCUUCCUCUCUACCCUGACAACCGAGGCAGCGGCGACUAGUGCGGUCAGGCCAGCAGAGUCGGCAGCGACCGACCCGCGGGGGCGCAAAACUCUCGAGCCUUUUUCGCAGGAGUAUGCGUUUCUGCGCGAGGGCCCCUGCGUUCCCUACGUGCGUGCGGCCGCGCUCGUCCUCACUCACUCCGUGUCGGCGGAGCUGGGCAGUGCGGUUAUGGCCUUAACCGAUGCCGAGCGGUACCCGCACGCAUAUAAAGAUGUCGUCGGCGCAGCUGAGAAGAACUUGGCCCUGCUUCCUAACGAUAUCGAGGCGCUCCUUGAAACCAAAGACCCGGUGAACUCGCUCCAGGAGCUGCAGCAACUACCGGCGGGUCGCGCGGCAGCCCGUGCGACGGAGAUGCGCUGGCAGGUACCCGGGAACGUGCAACACACGUCGGACCACGCGUCGCACCCACUUGACAAUCUGAUCCUGGUGGUGCGGGCCUCCUUAUACGAGCUGCACGCGGCGGGGCGCGACUGGCUCCGGAAGACGCAGCAGAUGGAACGGGGCGACUUUUUGCUGGCGGUCUGCUUUCUGGGGGUGCAGCUGCGGCGCAUGGAGCGACUACUGGAGGACCUGGAGGCUUCGCGGCGCACCGAGGCCGAGACCAAUCACGCGGAGCGGUUGAACUUCGUGCGAAAUCAAAUAGGCAGGCGGCCACUGGAACCUGUCCCCGUCGUGGACAUCGACCACCGCCAGGUCCGGUUGGACAUUUACGCGCACACCGAAAGCGAGCCCGCAACGGAGCCGCAGGUUCACGUCCGCUUCUUCCAAGACAUGUGGCGUGCGCUCUUUAAGCAGCAGCCCGGGCACUCACUGGCGCAGCAGCAGAACAUCCAGGAUCACCUUAUCAACGUCUUCUCCCGAGAGAAAAUGCUGCAGUACCUGCGGGAGGUGUGGGAAACGCUUCCGGUGGUGCUGCGCCCCGGUUCUCCAGUGCGGUGGGCCUGGUCAUGCGGGCGAAGUUGGACAACGCCCAACAGAAAGAAGAAUGGUGGCAAAAAGCAAACCGCCUAUUGGAGCGUGUGGAGACCGUCUGCGGAGCAGCCGACCUCCAGAAGCACUUUGUUGGAGCGCCAUAAGCAAGAGACGGUAUCGUCCCAUGGUACAACCAGAUCUGCGAGUGUUUAUUACACAUACAGCCACGCGAGAUGCUAUGAAGGUGCGGAUAGCAGGGACGGGCUGGCGCAGCGGGCCCUGCUGCAGCCGCGCGAACCGGGCACCGAAGCGCUGGAAAAGCAG